GGAAGGCUAAUCAUGACUGCUGAAUGGAGAAACUAACCAACAAGCAAGCUCAAGAGAGGGACCUCAGCCCCAGGACCACGUACCCAUCCACGAUAGAAGGCGAGACUCCUCACUCCGACCACGGUGCCAGAGACCUCCUCCAAGUGGACCGUCCAAAUCCACUGGGUCGUGGGUGAUGCUGGCGAUCUCACUCCGCGGUUUGACAGGACAUCACACCUCUCAAUUAUUGGUUGUGCCAGAUGACCAAUUAUGGGCUCUCCACACAGAGCUGAUGGUAUCCAGGUGCCUCUGGAUGUGUUGCACUGCCGCUGAGCCUGGUGGAGGACUCCAUGUUUCGUGGGGGAUGAUCUGGGGUAUUGUGAGCAUCGAAAAAGCAAAGGCACCAACGAAUGCAUUCUUUGGAGCAGCAACACGCACUUCAUUGCCAGCAAAGGCAAUAUCAGGAGACCAUCAUCAUAUCACAACUGCUCGCCAGGAACUCAUUCUACCCAGCCAAUGCACCUACCCACCUCGGCCCGCAGUAUUCGCGUUGCACUCGAACGAAGCACAAGUCGGUGAAAGAGCGCAGCACAGCACCAUUGCGGACAAUCGUCCAAUCUUCACACAGCACGCAAAUUGCAGGCCGCAGCCUGCAUCGCCGCAGCCCUCAGCAACCAACGGGCGAUGUCCGUACUCUCUCUAUCUCUCUUCAUAUCGGCCCUUGCGGAGCCCCAUUCGCUCAUUCCAUUCUCGAUAUCUUGGUGGGGCGACCCCUGUCAGCUUGGCCUUCACAGAGUGAUCUCCAGGGCACUGCCAGGUGUCCCCUGAGCUCUGGCCCAAGACGUAUGACGACGAUGAGUGUCCAGCAUCAAACCUACAGACUUUCUGUUUCACGCUCGAGUGCAUGUCAACACUGUGUGGUAGGAUUCUCGGUGCAUUGGGAUAGAUUGUGAGCGAGGGUCCGCUAUUAUUAUCAUCUCUUCUAGAAAUUCUUGACAGCGCUCCUAGCCCGUCGAUAGCCCGCCCCGCUUUGUGGCUAGCAUGGCAGAAGUUUGGAGAUUGUUCGGGGCAGCUGUCGCUGACACGCUGACACUGUCAUAGCAAAAAAAUUCACUCGCCCGCAA